GCUGCUCAAGCUGUAGUCGCUCCUGGGCCUGUAGCCGCUCUUGUGCCCGCUCUGCGGACGGUGUCCACGACUCGACUGCCAAAGAAGGAGGUGGAAGACCUGGAAGUCUUGGAUGGGCGUCGGCUGCGUGUUGAACCUCUCGUGGAGCGUCGUGAAGAGGUCGUGGGGUCUGUGCCCGGCCUUCCACGCCGACCACAGCCAUUCAGGAUGAAAGUUAUAGUCGUGAUUUGAAGAAAAGAAGCUUUCGUUUCGACCAGGGAAUGUUGGAUCGCAUACAGUCCCUGGGGUGGUAGGCUAAACCCAUCCGAGCUCCCAGACAGUCACUCAGGCAGCGGCAUUCUGGAUCUUCUCGUUCCUUUCAGCCACAUGUCUUGUUCUACCGACCACGACCACAUCUACGCCUACCUUGGCCUAGCAAACGACGUGUGCUCUCCGUUCACCAAUCUGUCUCCAGAACCACGCGAAAACCCAAUGGUCUUUGGUCGCAUCGCCGCUCGCCGUCAACCCCCACUGUCCACAGUGAAAAUAACCACCAUCCACGUCGACUACGACGAAGACGCGAUCCAUGUAUACGCAGACUUUGCAGAGCGAAUGCUCGAGCACAAGGACCAUCUCGAGUUACUUCAUUGCGCCGGCGCAUUUCGACCACACGCUUCUUCCUCUUCCAUAUCACGUCUGCACCAGACCUGGGCGCCGAACUAGA